CUGCGGCCGGAAGCCGGAAGCCGGAAGCGGGGCUGUGAGGACGUGUUCCGAGGAAGCCCGGGCCGGACCCGGCGGGGCCGGCGACAUGGAGCCGCUGUACCAGCAAACGCACAAGCAGGUCCACGAGAUCCAGUCUCACAUGGGACGCCUGGAGACAGCAGACAAGCAGUCUCUGCACUUAGUAGAAAAUGAAAUCCAAGCACGCAUAGACCAGAUAUUUAGCCAUCUAGAACGUCUGGAGAUUUUGUCCAGCAAGGAGCCCCCUAACAAAAGACAGAAUGCCAAACUUCGUGUUGACCAGUUAAAGUAUGAUGUCCAGCACCUGCAGACCGCUCUCCGAAACUUCCAGCACCGGCGAUACGCAAGGGAACAGCAGGAGAGACAGCGGGAGGAGCUUCUGUCUCGCACGUUCACCACUAACGACUCUGACACCACCAUCCCAAUGGAUGACUCGCUGCAGUGCAACUCCUCCCUCCAGAAAAUUCACCACGACGUGGAUGAGCUCAUUGGAGGAGGGCACAGUAUUCUGGACCAACUGAGGGCCCAGAGACUGACCUUGAAGGGGACCCAGAAGAAGAUCCUUGACAUCGCCAACAUGCUAGGCUUGUCCAACACCGUGAUGCGGCUCAUCGAGAAGCGGGCUUUCCAGGGCAAGUACUUUAUGAUCGGCGGGAUGCUGCUCACCUGUGUGGUCAUGUUCCUUGUGGUGCAGUACCUGACGUGAGCCGGCCCGGCCCGCGGCUGCGCAUCGUUCCCGCUGCGUGAGAGUCUGUGAGAGUGUGUGCGUGAGCGAGGGGGGUCCCAGAGGCUGCCUCCUGAAAUGUAUGCCCUUCUUAACUGUGAAGACCACUUGGAAGUAAUUGUGAUGUGUAACCUAGUGGGGGUUUCAAACCUGCUCUGUGUUCUGGAAUACCUUGGAGGGGGAGUUAGUGCCACCAGGAUGCACGAAGCUUAGGAAAUGAAAGCAGUACCUGUUC